AUGCAACCUCUGCCGACCCACCCGCCUCCUUUUGAACCUGGCGAGCGCUACACCCAGGAGCGAUACGAAGCUCAGCAGCUCAACUCCGACGGUUUCCUCUGGCCAGAGGAAGAGCGUCUCGCACACUGGGUCCUGCGCGCGAACGAAGAAGCCAUGGCUUGGGACGAAUCGGAGAAAGGGCGGUUCUCUGCGGACUACUUUGACCCGAUCCUGAUCCCAACCGUCGAGCACAUCCCAUGGGUUUUCAAGAACAUCCCUAUCGCCCCCGGCAUUCGGCAGCAAGUCGUUGACAUUC